AUGUCAGACAAAUACGCUAAACUUCGCAAAGAGUUAUUAUUUUACAAAUAUUAUCAUCAUAAUAGGAUUAAUGUACUUAUCCAUUCAAUCUUUGUACCAACUAUACUUUUCAGUGCAUGUUGUUUCCUGAAUAGGAUUGAAUUAUUUAAAGGUAUAACAGUCACCAAUUUAUUUUCAAUUGGUUAUACCUUAUAUUACAUACAUCUAUAUCUUCCAACUGGGUUAUUGGCUGGUUUAAUCUUUAUAAUUGUUAACAUAGGUCUGAAGAAAAGAUGGAUUCAUUUAUCUUUGCCAACGGAAAUUACAUUGUUCAUUAUUGGCUGGUUAGUGCAGUUUAUUGGCCAUGGAGUCUUUGAAAGAAGAAAACCAGCCGUUUUGGAUAAUUUGAUUCAAAGUUUGGUAUUGGCUCCUUAUUUUAUCUUAUUCGAAUUCUUAUUUAAAUUAGGAUUCCUCCCUGAGGUUAGAUCCAAAUUGGAAGAGGAAUUAAAGAAUAUCGAAAGAAAGAAAUGA